CGUCGACGUCACUUGACGUUUCUCGGCAGUACCCAGGAAGUGAACUGCCGUUGUUGUUGCUCGACUGAUCUCUUCCCCUCUCUCCCUGUCGAUAUUAUUAUUUUUUCCCGCGGGCCGAAAUGGCAACGUUUAUUUCUGUCCCGUUGAAGAAGUCGUCGGAAGUGGAUCUGGUGAAACCCUUGUCGAAAUUUGUCACAGCGACGUACCCGGCCGGCGAUGACCAGUCGGAGUAUCUCCGUGCGGUGGAGGAGUUGAACAAGCUGCGCAAAAGUGCUCUGGGGAGGCCGCUGGACAAACACGAGAGCUCGCUGGAGAUCCUGCUAAGAUACUAUGAUCAACUCUGCGCUGUUGAACCCAAAUUCCCUUUUUCUGAAAAUGAGCUUUGUUUAACUUUCACGUGGAAAGAUGCUUUUGAUAAAGGAUCAUUGUUUGGUGGAUCAGUCAAGCUUGCCCUGGCCAGCCUGGGCUAUGAGAAGACGUGUGUUCUGUUCAACGUGGGAGCGCUGGCCAGCCAGAUCGCCUCCGAGCAGAACCUGGACAGUGACGAGGGGCUGAAGGCAGCCGCCAAGUUCUACCAGCUGGCGAGCGGGGCAUUCGCCCACAUCAAAGACACAGUCCUGUCAGCACUGAACCGCGUGCCCACCAUGGACAUCUCCCCCGACACCGUGGGCACCCUGAGCCAGAUCAUGCUGGCCCAGGCCCAGGAGGUCUUCUUCCUCAAGGCCACCUCAGAUAAGAUGAAGGACGCCAUUAUUGCAAAGCUGGCCAACCAGGCUGCGGAUUUCUAUGGCGACGCUUUCAAGCAGUGUCAGUACAAAGAGAACCUGCCCAAGUAUUUUUAUUUUCAGGAAGUGCUGCCGGUCCUGGCUGCCAAGCACUGCAUCAUGCAGGCCAACGCGGAGUUCCACCAGUCCACCCUGGCUAAGCAGCAGAAGAAGUUUGGAGAGGAGAUCGCCCGGCUGCAGCACGCGACGGAGCUAGUGAAAACGGUCGCCUCUCGCUACGACGAGUACGUCAACGUGAAGGAUCUGUCUGACAAGAUCUCCCGUGCCCUGACCGCCGCAAAGAAGGACAACGACUUCAUCUACCACGACCGUGUGCCUGAGGUCAAGGAUCUGGAUCACAUUGGCAAGGCGGCCCUGGUGAAGGCCACCGCCGUCCAGGUGCCCAUGAGCCAGAAGUUCACUGACCUGUUUGAGAAGAUGGUCCCCAUGGCCGUGCAGCAGGCCAUGAGUGCAUACAACCAGAGGAAGUCUGAGAUCGUCAACCGCCUCAUCGGCACCAUGAGAGAGGCCACCAACCUGUGCAACGGGGUGCUGGCCUCCCUGAACCUCCCCGCUGCUCUGGAGGACCUGUCCGGAGACUCCGUGCCCCAGUCCAUCCUGGAGAAGUCCCGCGCCAUCAUCCAGCAGGGGGGGCUGCAGAGCAUCGAGAAGCUGAUCAAGGACCUGCCGGAGCUGCUGCAGAGGAACCGGGAGAUCCUGGACGAGUCUCUGAAAAUGCUGGAUGACGAGGAGACGACAGACAAUGAGCUCAGAACCAAAUUCAGUCAGCGCUGGAACAGGACGCCCUCCGGCGACCUCUACAAGCCGCUGAGAGGAGAGGGAACCAACUUCCGUAACGUCUUGGACAAGGCCGUGCAGGCGGACCAGGUGGUGCGGGAGCGCUACAACGCCCACUGCGAGAUGAUCGCCCUGCUGUGCAAAUCUGAGGCUGAGCUCACCGCCGCCAUCCCCUCCGCCAACCCGGCCAAGACCCUGCAGGGCAGCGAGGUGGUGGGCGUGCUCCGCAGUCAGCUGGCCCAGCUGGACGAGGUGAAGAAGGAGCGCGAGCAGCUGGAGAACGACAUCAAGUCCGCCCAGUUCGACAUGACCACCAAGUUCCUGACCGCCCUGGCCCAGGACGGCGCCAUCAACGAGGAGGCCCUCUCUGUCACCGAGCUGGACAGCAUCUACGGCGGCUACACCCAGAAGGUCCAGCAGAGCCUGAGGACCCAGGAGGAGGUGCUGAGCAAUGUCCAGACGUCCCACCAGGAGUUCUCCACCCUCAAGCAGUCCAACGCGGAGGCCAACGACAGGGACGAGGUGAUGAAGAAGCUGGCGUCGGCACACGACAGCUACGUGGAGAUCUCCAACAACCUGCGUGAGGGCACCAAGUUCUACAACGACCUCACCGAAAUCCUGCUGAAAUUCCAGAAUAAGUGCAGUGACAUCGUCUUUGCGCGCAAAACGGAGAGAGACGAGCUGCUGAAGGAGCUGCAGCAGAGCAUCGCCCGGGAGCCCAGCGCCCCCUCCUUCUCUGUGCCUGCGUACCAGUCCAACUCCAGCACUCCCACCCCCGCCGGGCCGGCCGGGCCCACCCCAGCUCCCAGGACCGUGUUUCCCCAGCAGCCACAGUCCAAACCACAGCCCCCGGCCAGACCUCCUCCCCCGAACAUCACCCCCCAGGCAGCCAGCUCCGCUCCCCCCGCAAACAUGCCUCCCAGCUCCGCCCCGCCGCAGGCCAGCCCCACCCCGCCCAUGGCGCCCGCCGGAGCCCCCUCCCAGGCCCAGGGGCCUCCCUACCCAACGUACCAGGGCUAUCCAGGGUACUACCAGAUGCCCAUGGCCUACAACCCCUACGGCUACGGCCAGUAUAGCAUGCCCUACAUGCCCUACCAGGCCCCAGGACAGGCCGGCUACCCCGGGGCUCCUCAGCCAGGGCAGGGCCCCUACCCCUACCCCCAGCAGCCACCCCAGCAGCAGCAGCCCUACUACCCGCAGCAGUAGGGGGCGCCCUGCAGGCAUCCUCGUCGCACCUGUGCCGCGGCCUAACCUUUUCCUCACUUACUCUCACCUCUGUGUGUUUUUCUCCUCUUUUGCCUCCAUGUCUUCUUUUUGUUUAUCUGUGUAACAGCUCUUUUUUUUCUGUUAUCAGCACUACAGCCAACGGUGUUGUAUGUACAGCACCCGGUGUGGGAGAGCCUUUGGGAGACUUUGAUCCUCGUCUGUAAUGGCAGUAGAGGGAAGAGAGAGAGUGGAGCACGGGCGGGGAGGUCUGACGCGACCCUGUUAAAAGGGAAGAGUAGGCCUUUUCCAGCAAGUGUCACGGGGUCGAAGGGCGUAAGAUGGGCUAAUACCAUGAAUCUGAGGCGUUCCGUUUUUUUUUUUCUCCCCCCCCCCCUCCGUCAGUGCAACAUGAAAGGGCGUGUGUGGCGGAUUUGUUGGAUCUUACUUUGGCCUUUGAUUGUUUCUUACUAGCAUGAUGACCUUACAACCAUGUGGCCAGGCCACAGAAUCAGCUCUGGAACGUCUCUUUUUUCCUUUUUUCUUUUUUAACCACAAAAUGUCACUUCCUAGCAAAUGACUCCCAUAUCCUCACUACUAUAUCUUAUUUUUGUAAUGGAUACUGAUGCAUAAUGUAAUUAAAUGCUCUGUAGGUGUUUUCUUACAUAGAUGAGUAUUUUGGGAACUGGAUUUUGGGGGGAGAAAGGGUUUCACUGAUUACUGUACGUCUGUUGUCUUGUCUCGUCUGGCUGUGUUGGGUAUCUCUCUGCUACUUUCUCUUACAAUCAUUGGCCUUGUAAAACACUUCAUAAAUUUAAAAGUAUAUAUACACGAGAGAUUCCAGCUGUUGUUAACUAAAACUUUGUGCUACGUUUUUUUUUUUUUUUCAUGCGCGUGAUUAAAAUCAAUCUGUAUAUCUGCUGUUCCCUUUUACAUCACUUCCUGCUUGUAAAAAUGGACAGACCGGAUAUAAGUCCGAUGACGGCUUCAAUUUUUCACUGAUUGGAAGCGCUUUUCAAGUGUGCAGAUAUUAAGACGUGUAAUUCCUUAUAAGAGGUAGUUAUACAGUACAGUAAAGGGUUAUAUUAUACAGCUGAAUACUGACUGACGUGUUUCAGGU